UUUUCGUAUGGGCUACUAAUAUUAAUUGUAAACGUACAGUUCUCUGAAUGCAUUUAAUAAUGAUAAUAUUUGCAUCAGGUAAAACACGAGACUUUGAAUCUCAAAGUUUCUAGAAACACGCUUCCGUCUCGUACUCAAUCCUUAUAAAUAAUCAGUGACUCGAGAAAAAGAUCAAAGAAAAACCUGGACAUGGCGCUGCUCUCGCUUGUUCUUUCCUUGCUCGCUGCCACAGCAAUCUUAGCAGCCGACCCCGAUCCUGUGCAAGAUUUCUGUGUCGCCGACCUGGAUUCCUCCACCAGUGUCAAUGGAGCAGCCUGCUUGACAACAGCAUCAGCGCGCGAGGACAACUUUACCUCCACUGUUCUUCGCAACGUCCAGCCAGUGCGUACUCCAGGAGGAUUUGUGGCAUCCCGAGUCACAGUACCGCAGCUUCCAGCUCUCAACACCCAGGGUUUGUCUGUGAAUCGUGUAGAUCUCGGCCCCGGAGGAGUAAACACACCCCACGUCCAUCCGCGAGCCACCGAGCUCAUCUACAUCAUGGAGGGAACCGUCCAGGCCGGCUUUGUGGACACCACCAACAAGCUCUUCCUCAAGACGCUCCAGAAGGGCGAUCUCUUUGUUGUCCCUCGAGGCCUCGUCCACUUCCAGUGGAAUGUUGGAGCCACUCCUGCAACAAUUUUCGCCACGUUUAACAGCCAGAAUCCAGGAGUGGAGCGCUUGGAGAUUACUCUGUUUGGUUCUGGGAUCCCAGAUGCCGUGCUCGCUGCAUCCUUCAGGCUCAAUCAGUCCGUCAUUAACGAGCUCAAGCACAAGUUUACUCCCUGAUGGUAAGGAAAAGCUUGUGUUAGAACAGAUAAAGUAGAGAUCCUCACCAAGAAGUACGUCGCUGUGGACUCUACCAUUCAAUAUCUUCUUGUCGGUCAAAGCUGUCAGCGUGUAUAUUUUGUGACAAAAACACGCGCUUUUGAAUUUGCGUCCUUGUGCUAUAUAAUAGCUGUUGUCUUGAUCUAA